AUGGUUGAUGGACAAAAAGAACCAUAUGAUGUCGAAGAAGGUGAUGCUAUGGAAGAAUGGAAUGUAAUAGAAAAGAAGAUUAAAAAGGAGAAACAAAAUCUGACCUUGGAAAGAAGGUGGAUCAGAGCACAGAUGAAGACAAUGGUAAGGAUUGAGAAGAGUAGUAUUUUGAAAAUGACUGCAAUGAUGGCUGAUGGGCAAGUUACAAAGUGUUCAGUUCAGCUCGGAUCUACCGAAUGUGGCUACUGCAUGAUAAGGUUCAUGAAGGAGAUAAUGGAAGAAGGAAUUGAAGUGUCGGUCAAAGACAAUUUCAGGGAUGGAAAAGUUGAGUACACAACUGAUGAUAUCAAUGAGAUACGUGAAGAAUGGUCAGAGUUUGUUACAGGCUUCAUUUCUUGA